UACGUCACAUGCGCACAGAUAAAGCGCACGCAUCCUCCGCUGACCGACGCACUGAACUCUGCCGCUGCAGUGAAGACGCAAACCUCAGGAAUCCGCAGAAAUGUCCACAUGUGAGUUUGAGUCCUUGGAGAAAACUCUGGAGACGCACAUUCCAGAGGAGGAGCUGAAGGAGGUCAAACGCAUUUUAUACGGAAGAGAAACCAUGCCGUUGGACCUCCCAUCGUGUGCUCAAGAAGCUGCCUCCAAACGUGACUUUGAGCUGAAAGGCUACAGGUUUGAAGCCGCUGAGGAACAGCUGAGGCCACCCAGGAGAACCCGGGUGGGACUGAUUCAAAACCGCAUAGUCUUGCCAACGGAUGCCCCCAUCAUGGACCAGAUCAACGCCAUGCACAGCCGUAUUGGUGAAAUGGUGGAGGUCGCUGCGAUGUGUGGCGUAAACAUCGUCUGCUUUCAGGAGACCUGGACCAUGCCCUUUGCCUUCUGCACCCGAGAAAAAGACCCGUGGACACAGUUCGCAGAGUCGGCACAGGACGGACACACCACUCGCUUCUGCCAGGAGCUGGCCAGAAAAUAUAACAUGGUUGUAAUUUCUCCAAUUCUGGAGCGGGAGGAGCUUCACAGCACAAUGUGGAACACAGCUGUGGUCAUCUCCAACUCAGGAAAUGUGCUGGGAAUAAGCAGGAAGAACCAUAUUCCCAGAGUGGGAGACUUUAAUGAGUCAACUUAUUAUAUGGAGGGAGACACUGGCCACACAGUGUUUCAGACACAGUUUGGGAAGAUCGCUGUGAAUAUCUGUUACGGGCGUCAUCACCCUCUCAACUGGUUCAUGUACAGUAUGAACGGAGCCGAGAUCAUCUUCAACCCAUCUGCGACUGUCGGAGCUCUCAGUGAGCCCAUGUGGCCCAUAGAGGCCAGGAACGCAGCGAUAGCAAACCACUGCUUCACUUGUGCAAUCAAUCGUGUUGGGACGGAACAUUUCAAAAGUGAAUUUACAUCUGGUGACGGGAAAAAAGCCCAUCAUGACUUCGGACACUUCUAUGGAUCCAGUUACGUGGCUGCUCCUGAUGGAAGCCGAACCCCUGGUCUAUCCAGGACCCGCGAUGGACUCCUGGUGGUGGAAAUGGACCUCAAUCUGAACCGACAGAUUAGUGACAAAUGGAGCUUUAAGAUGACUGGGAGGUACACCAAGUACGCAGACGAUCUCUACAACGCCGUCGGACAUGACUUUAUCCCCAACAUAGUCAGAGAAUAAAUUGUAUACAGGACAAUUCUUGAGCCACUAUUAGGUUUGCUGUUUUUACAGGGUUGAAAUAAACAUAUGAAGUUGUCAUUCUCUCCUCAGACUGAACAAGAAAAUACAAGAAAUACAAGCACAGACAUGUAAAGUGCAAAGGGAGGUGACACUUAAAUAGCUGUUUGAUUUAUAGAAGCUUUUUUUUUUUCCCCUGAAACUUUUUCGUUUCGUCUUCCUGUAUAUCCAAACUGUAUCUUAAAGACACUGAGAGAUGCACAGGUGUCCUCUUUAGAACUUUACUAAACCAACAACCCUAAUGUUGGUGUAGGAAUUCUCUGCAGUUUCUGUAAAAUCUAUUUUAAUUCAAAAGGGAAAUGACAAGUUGAUGUUAAGCAAAAAAAGUAUAAAAAAUGAAGCUCAUUAACUGGAAAUUGUUUUAAAAUGAAAGUUGUCAGAAUCCUUUUAAUAAUUUAUAGAGCCUGUUUAACUGUUGAUUUCAAACAGGAUGAAUACUGGACAAAACAUUACAUUUUUAGCUGAAAAUAAAAACCACAUAGCUACUGUAGAAGGCAUCAAGUUAGCGACAUAAACACUUUACAGUACUUUCAUAGUCUGUGCUUUUGUAUCGGAUAAAAUGACAAAGGUGUGACACCAGUUCAAAUCCUUUAAUAUCAACAUAUAAUAAAUUUAUUAUAUGCAUUUAUGCAGCUCUAUGUUUAAUAAAAAAUAAAGUCCUGUGUUUUGAAAUGUGCUAUUUGUUCAUAAGAAAACAUGUAGUUUUAAAAUUUAAAUAACAGAUAAUUAUGCCUGGUAUGAAAAGCAUAGUGCAAAUAAUGUAUACACAAUACCAAAAUUAAAAAAGGGAAAAAAAAAAAAAGACCAACCUCAUUAGUUAACUGUUCUUAACCGAGAACAUGACUGAGUUGAAUAAAUUACACCUUUGUUCUGCCACGUGAUCCACAAAACUGUAUAGCAUGUCCAUCUCUUCAGCUUGAUGAACAUGGGAUGUUUUUCCAGUGAAGUGAAUAAUACUUGGUUUAUUUCUCAUCCACUGUCUGUGUUCUUCCGUGGGCAGAGUUUCAUUCCAUAGACACACUAUGGAAUAUUGCAUUGAACUAGCUAGUUUUGUCAUUUAACAUCACACUAAAGAGCAGUAAUUACCUGAGACUCUCAAAACACACUACUUCUUCUAAUCCCUGUUAAUAGAACCAUCUGAAU